GGCUUAACUCUCUCACAGGAAAAGCAGCAGGAGAAAACUUUCACAACACACAGAGGAGCUGGGAUUAGGAGGAGAACACCUCUCAGCUCAGUGGAGUACUGGGGAAAGCUAGGAACAGCUGAUGUAUGAGGUUUCCUUUUUUUACUCAAGUUUAUUUAAGUAAGUAAAGCACCUGUGUGAUUUGUAGACGCUCCAAGAGGAAGUCAAGAUGUUUGCUGUGCACCUGCUCUCCUUUUACUUCACCAAGCUGCAGGAGGAUCAGAUCAAAAAGGUGGACCGCUUCCUGUAUGCCAUGCGUCUCUCGGACGAACAGCUUUUGGAAAUUUCACAUCGGUUCAGAGAUGAGAUGGAGAAAGGUCUGUCACGAGAAAGUAAUGCUGCAGCAGCCCUGAAAAUGCUGCCCACACAUGUGUUCUCCACUCCAGAUGGCUCAGAGAAGGGUGAGUUCCUGGCGCUGGAUCUCGGUGGUUCUAAGUUCAAAGUGCUCCAGGUGAAGGUAUCUGAAGAUGGGAACAGGAAGGUGCAGAUGGAAAGUGAGAUAUUUCCAAUCCCUGAGGAGGUUAUCAAUGGCAGAGGAACAGAUCUUUUUGAUCAUGUGGCCGAUUCUUUAAAAAACUUCAUGCAGAAGAAUAACAUCAACCAGAAGAAGAAACCUCUGGGCUUUACCUUCUCUUUCCCUUGUCUCCAGUCUAAACUAGAUGAGGGUGUGUUACUCUCAUGGUCAAAGAACUACAAGGCCAGAGGGGUCCAAGGCACCAAUGUUGUACAGGCAUUGAGGCAAGCCAUCAACAAAACUGGGGGGAUUGAUGUGGAUGUACUGGCACUUGUCAAUGACACGGUAGGCACCAUGAUGACCUGUGGAUACGAUGACCAGCACUGUGAGGUUGGAGUCAUCAUAGGUACAGGUACUAAUGCGUGCUAUAUGGAGGAGCUGAGACACAUUGACCUGGUGGAAGGAGACGAGGGCAGGAUGUGUAUCAACACAGAGUGGGGAGCUUUCGGAGACGAUGGGGCACUUCAUGAUUUUAUCACGGGUUUUGACAGUGAAAUCGAUGCAGCAUCCAUCAACCCAGGAAAACAGCUGUUUGAGAAGAUGGUGAGUGGGAUGUAUAUGGGAGAGCUGGUGAGGCUCAUUCUUCUGAAGAUGGCAAAGCGAGGAUUGCUCUUUAAGGGCAGAGUCUCAGAUGCUCUUCGCACCAAGGGAAAAUUUCAGACCCAGCAUGUCAGCAUGAUAGAAGAGUACAAAGAUGGUUUAAGGAACACCAGGGAAAUCCUCACAGAACUGGGCCUCACUCCCACCGAGGAUGACUGUAUUGCAGUGCAGCAUGUCUGCACCAUUGUGUCCUUCAGGUCGGCUAACCUGUGUGCUGCUGCUCUGGCUGCUAUUCUCACCCGCAUCCGAGAGAACAAGAAGCUGAAGAGUCUGAGAACUACAGUUGGAAUGGAUGGGACAGUCUACAGAACUCACCCUCAGUAUUCCAAGAGACUCCAUAAGGUGGUCCGACGCCUGGUGCCUGAAUGUCAUGUUCGCUUCGUGCUGUCGGAGAGCGGCAGUGGGAAGGGGGCAGCUAUGGUGACAGCGGUGGCACAGCGUAGAGCUUCACAGCGUGAAGAAAUCAACGACACACUGGCAGACUUCACACUCAGCUCCACCCAGCUCCAGCAGGUGAAGGAGAAGAUGCGGGUGGAGUUGGAGCGUGGCCUUAGGAAGGACUCUCAUGAUUCUGCAUCAGUCAAAAUGCUGCCUUCUUAUGUGUACAGGACCCCAGAUGGUACAGAGAGAGGAAAAUUCCUUGCUUUGGAUCUGGGUGGGACUAAUUUCCGAGUGCUGGUGGUCAAGAUCCGCAGUGGAAUACGCAAAUCCGUCCGCAUGUACAACAAGAUCUACGCCAUCCCCCUGGAGAUCAUGCAGGGCACUGGAGAAGAGCUGUUUGAUCACAUAGUGCAGUGUAUCUCAGAUUUCCUGGACUAUAUGGGAAUGAAGAACACGCGGCUGCCACUUGGCUUCACCUUUUCUUUUCCAUGCAGUCAGACUGGAAUAGAUAAGGGAAGUUUGGUGAGCUGGACGAAGGGCUUCAAAGCCACUGAGUGUGAGGGGCAUGACGUGGUGGAUAUGCUCAGGGAGGCCAUCAAGAGACGAAACGAAUUUGAUCUUGAUAUUGUUGCUGUGGUGAAUGACACAGUUGGUACGAUGAUGACAUGUGCUUAUGAAGACCCUAGAUGUGAAAUUGGACUAAUUGCUGGAACUGGCAGUAACGUGUGCUACAUGGAGGACAUGAAGAAUGUUGAAGUAGUGGAAGGGGACGAGGGGCAGAUGUGCAUCAACACAGAAUGGGGCGGUUUUGGGGACAAUGACAACAUCGAGGACAUCCGAACCAGGUUUGAUCAUGAGGUGGAUGAAGGGUCCCUAAAUGUGGGGAAGCAAAGGUUUGAGAAGAUGACCAGUGGGAUGUACCUGGGGGAGAUUGUGAGGCAGAUUCUCAUAGAUCUAACCAAGAGGGGUCUUUUGUUCCGUGGCCGCAUUACAGAGCCACUGAAGACAAGAGGCAUCUUUGAGACCAAGUUCCUCUCACAGAUCGAAAGUGACCGCCUGGCUCUACUGCAAGUGAGGUCCAUUCUGCAGCACUUGGGUCUGGACAGCACGUGUGAUGACAGUAUUAUAGUAAAGGAGGUGUGUGGGGCAGUGUCCCGCCGAGCCGCACAGCUCUGUGGAGCGGGAAUGGCUGCUAUUGUGGACAAAAUACGGGAGAACCGAGGACUGGACAAUCUGGACAUCACUGUGGGGGUGGACGGCACGCUCUACAAACUCCAUCCACACUUCUCCAGAAUCCUAAAGGAGACCGUGAAGGAGCUUGCCCCCCAGUGUGAGGUGGAGUUUAUCCUGUCUGAAGAUGGCAGUGGGAAAGGAGCAGCUCUUAUCACAGCUGUGGCUCGACAGCAUUACAGAGAGACAUAAGUAUUGCUGGACUGAAUAAACAUUGCAGUGAAGCUGGAUUAUGGGUGGGGAGGGGAUUUGUUUUUCUAAAUAAUAUUCUAUAUUUUUGCCAAAUCUGUAAAACAUGCCAUCGACUGAUUAGCCUCAUACACACCAUAACAAAGCUAAAACACGAUCUAUAGUAAAGUUGUUAAAUAGUUAAAUGUUAUGCUGAAUGCUGUAAGUAAGGAAAUGUGUUUUGUGUUUUUUAGUUGUUGUUGUUUUAAUAUGAGCAAAACCACUUAGCACAUAGCAACUGGAUGAAAUUACAAACCAUUUAAGCUGUGCAUCUGCAGCCCUUCUUCAUUUCCUUCAGAAAAUGCACUUCUCUAGUUUAUUGACUAGAAUUUGAUUAAUUCCCUAAUCACAGUGCCACCAUCCCAUCUGUGCAACAAGCAGUUUGUCCUUUUAAGGUUUAAUGGACCAACAGAAACCACAUAGCCCACCACACACACACACACUUCCUGCAGUAGUCUGCAAUCUCUCAUAAAGAUAGCACGCAUCAUAUGAACAUUAAAAAAACAAGAGCUGAACUGCUACUGAACUGAUGCCACAUAUCAGUGAUGAUGCAUAAAAUACUGGCUCACAUACUGUAAACUACCUGCAACAAAUCUGCUCUGAAAGAGAACACACUCACACUCUGGUAUUUGGCACCAUAAUUGCAAACAACAUAACCAAAUAGCAACAGAUCCUUUCAAAGUCUUGUAGGUUGUAAGGGGGGAGGGGGUGCUUCUCUGGAUCACAUCAUUGAGCCUUAGCAGAGAAAAACACAAUAAGACCUGCCUGAUGUUUUUAAAAUGCUCUGAUCCAGUCAUUUAACAGUCACAAUUUUGCUUUUGUCAAAGUGGCUCUAUAAAAAAUUAAAAUUUCUAGCAAAAUAAUGCUCAGCCCCACACAGCAAGGGAUUCCCAGGGUUAUCUCAGCCAGAUUAAAACACUUAUUUGGCCUGCUGAUUCAGCAGAUUUUUUACAAAUUGAGCAUUUAAGGGACCAGCUGGGACACCACAUAUGGCAACCUACAAGUUAACAGGUUCUACAGGCCCAGCUGAAACAUCUGUUGGCAAAUGUGCUGCAGCCUUUGACUGUACAGUUUUCAUCAACAAAUCAAUUAAAAAUACUUUUACUCCAAUACUGUAAUCAAUUAUAUCACAUAUAUGAAACUUUUUUUCAUUCUGCUCAGCUCAUUCUGGGUGUAUAAAAUGUAUUUUUUUGGUCAAUGAGUGUAUAUAAUCUACGUUUUUCCCUUGGUACUUAUGUUAUGGCUGAUUGGUAUAUAUUCUUUGGUAUAUCUUUUUUGGUAAAUAGAAUGUUUUCUAAAAUGUUACAGUUAAAAGUUCUUAGAAUCUGCCAAUGUUUCUACAUAUUCUUAGAACAUUUUAAUUCAAUGUUUUAAAUGUGGUAACAUUGCUGCAACAUCACUUCUGUCAUUUCUUUUAGCGUUUCCAUAAUGUUGGUAUACUUCUAGCUGGGAAGGAUAUGUGAGAAACAUUCUAAAAAAUAGUGUGAUGCAAACCCUUAUUAUGCCACACAUUUCAAAACAUAGUUAGACAAUUUUAUAAGUCUCUAUUUGCUGGGUUAUGUGUGAUUUGUCCAGUGUAUCAGUCCUUUUCCCACAGUCUCUAAAAUACUUGCUAAACAUACUGUAUAUAUGUAUGUAUGUUAAGCAGCCUCAGGCUGGUUUGUGCAGGAGGGAGGUUUGUUAAGACCAGCUGCCUCUUGCUUAACCAUGUUUCGUGUCAGCUCAUCAGAUGAACAGCUGACCUCACUAUUGAAUGUCACUCACCAUCUAUAAGUGUAAUUGCCCCUUGCUGGCCUCCUCCCCCUCCCUUUGUCUGCUGUGAGCGAGCAGGUUUGCAUGGACAGGCAGAGAGAAUAGCAUGGACAGGCCGAGCUGGGGGGGAGGUGUCCGCUGGAAUGUCAUGAGUGCAUUUAGACUAGCCCUGUAGCAAGCUGUGUGUGAGCAGCAAGAAGAGCAAUGCCUAGACAAACAUUGCAGUGCAAACUGAGGAAUUGAGCAUAUGAGGAAGUGCACUUUGUGUGUGAACUUCACUGCACUGUUUAAAAUGGAAGAAGUUUCAGUCUGUGAAUACAUGUUAUUUGCACAACACAUAAAAUGACAUGGUAAUAUAUGUAUUUCCUAUGUAUAAUACACUAUAUGUUCAAAUAUUUGUGGGUCUAAUGUGCUUCUAUUGAAUACUUUUAGUUACCAUGAGUUGCACUCUUUGCAAGAUUUACUGCAGCAGAUAAACAUAAACCAAUAAGCACCAUGCAUAAUGCCAGAAUGCAAUCAAAUCCUCACAACAAUGCUCUAACAUCUAGCAAAGUCUUCCCUGUACAGUCAGUAACUUCAACAAAAGCAUCAUCAAAAAUUGUAUUACCCUUGGUUUUAGAAGAAACAAUAAAUGCACAGGUGUCCCAUUACUUUGGUCCAUCUGGUGUAUAAUGUAAGACAGGGUUCCCUAGGACUGAUUCAUGUUUGAAAUCCUAUGUAUUUGAUACUACCACACUAGCAUUGUCACAUUAUUAUUUACUGUAAAUGUAUUCAUUGUAAUGGGGUUUCUUCUAAAAUAAAUUAUAUGAUUCUA